AUGAGCGAGUAUCCCGGCACGGAGCCCUGGGCUCCCCAGUAUGCCUCAUAUAACUGGGUUGGCGCACCAUCGAACUUCGAUGAGCUUAGCACAAAUGCCGUGGGAGGUGACUCAAGAAUCGAGAACCUGAACAAAUGGUUCGUUCCUGGCGACCAGGCCUACAUCAUCGUGGCCUCAGCCAUGGUGUUUGUCAUGGUACCGGGUCUAGGAUUUCUGUAUUCUGGUCUCGCUCGCAGAAAGUCGGCUUUGUCGCUCAUGUUCAGUGCAAUGGCCACCUAUUCAAUUAUCACCUUCCAGUGGUAUUUCUGGGGCUUUUCUCUGACAUUUUCGACAAACACAUCGAACGGCUUCAUCGGUGAUCUUCACCACUUUGGCCUGAAGAACACACUCGGGCAACCCAGUCCCGGCUCACCACUUGUAUCGAAUCUACUCUAUUCCUUCUACCAAAUGCAGUUCUGCGCCGUCACAGCAGCUAUCCAAGUCGGAGCCAUUGCUGAGCGUGGUCGCAUUCUGCCUUUCCUGGUCUGGACUUUUUGCUGGGCGACUAUCGUCUACAACCCAAUUGCCUGCUGGGCAUGGAAUGCCAACGGCUGGGGCUUUGUUUAUGGCGUCAUGGACUACGCAGGCGGCGGCCCUGUCGAAAUCACUUCCGGCAUGUCUGUUCUCGCAUACAGCUUGAUCCUCGGUAAGCGCCAGGAGAAAAUGAUGCUCAACUUCCGCCCACACAAUGUUUCCUUCAUCCUGUUGGGCACGACGUUCCUGUGGUUUGGUUGGCUCGGUUUCAACGGAGGCUCGUCUUUCGGCGCCAACCUCCGUGCUGUCAUGGCUUCAUGGAAUACCAACCUGACCGCAGCCUUCGCGUCCUUCACCUGGGUUCUCUUGGACUGGCGCCUCGCUCGCAAGUUGUCCAUGGUUGGCUGGUGCUCUGGCGCCAUUUCUGGACUUGUCGCAGCUACACCUGCCUCUGGUUACCUCGAUACCUGGGGCUCUGUCGUGCUCGGUGUUGUUACUGGCGCACUUUGCAAUUUCGGCACAAAAGUCAAGUACUGGGUCCGCAUCGAUGACAGCAUGGACGUGUUCGCUGAGCACGGUCUCGCCGGCAUGAUUGGCCUGAUGUUCAAUGCGCUGUUCGGCGUCGAUUAUGUCGUCGGCCUUGAUGGAGUUAAUACCGGUACCGGCAUUGGUGGGUGGCCCAUUGGUAAUUAUAAGCAGUUCUACAUUCAGCUCGCCUACGUCAUGCGCGCAUCCGAGGAAGCAGAGCUGCUCGGCAUGGACGAUGACCAGCUUGGAGAAUUCGCAUACGAUUACGUUGAGGUUCGCCGUGACUACCUUGCAUGGACACCUGCCUCCGACUCCCUUGGUCAGGAUCCCGACAUCCCGCAAGAGGCCAGACAUGGUAUCGGUGAACACCAGUCGAUGAUCAAGAAGGGUGAUUACAGCGGAGACAGUGCCAGCAGUGGUGCUGACAACAAUGGUGUGACCCAACGCACCCAGAAUGCUCAGGGUGAUCGACACGGCAUUGCGGCAGAGGAUAACAUGAAAGCCGCGCGUGGGGUGGGCGAGCGUGAUCUGGAGGCCAACAAGGAGAAGUGA